CUCCUCAGUCAGGUAAUCACUCAGUGCCAGUCUCUACCCCUCAGUCUUUCACACAUGUCAGUCUCCCCUCGUUCAGGCAGUCACACACAGUGACAUGACAACAGAGUACGAUGACUGAGCAGCAGCAGUCCCUCUCCCCGCCCCUGACGUCACGGCCCCGCCCCGGCACCCGGUGAGCAGCGGCGGAACUCGGCUCCGGGCAGUGUGUGGAGCAGUCACCGGGGAGCCCGGGCACUGAGCGGUCGCAGCCGAGCAGUCGCCAUGGCGUUGAUUGCGUGCCGGGUGCAGUACCUGGAUGACAUGGACCCCUUCAUCUGCACCAACUUCCCGGAGCCCCGGAGACCCCCGGUGUACAACUUCCCGGAGUCUGCCCCGCUCAUCGAGCAUCUGCCAGCCCUGUACAAGCUGCUGGAGGCCCCGCUCAAGCUGGAAGACUGCACCCUCCAGUUAUCUACCAAUGGGAACUAUCUGGAUAUAGACCUCUCCCUGGCCGAACAGCGGGACUGUCUGGAAGCCUUCUUUGAAGACAUAAGCAAAGGGAGGCGGCCGACCCUGAUCCUUCGUACUCAGCUGUCAGUGAGGGUGCACGCCAUUCUAGAGAAGCUGUACAACUCCAAUGGGCCGGAGCUGAGAAGGUCGCUGUUCUCUCUCAAGCAGCUUUUUCAGGAAGACAAAGAUCUGGUUCCGGAGUUUGUGAACUCUGAGGGGCUGACAUGUCUGAUCAAAGUAGGGGCUGAAGCCGACCAGAACUACCAGAACUACAUCCUGCGAGCCCUGAGCCAGAUCAUGCUGUUUGUGGAUGGCAUGAAUGGUGUCACGAAUCACAAUGAGACCGUUCAGUGGUUGUACACGCUCUGCGGCAGCCCGUACCGCCUGGUGGUAAAAACAGCCCUGAAGCUGCUAAUCGUCUUUGUAGAAUACACUGAGUCGAAUGCGCCGCUUCUUAUUAAAGCAGUCAAUACCGUAGAUAACAACCGUGGUACCAGCCCAUGGUCCAACUUAGUCGACAUUCUGGAAGAAAAGAACGGGGUGGACUCUGAGCUGCUGGUAUAUGCUAUGACACUCAUCAACAAGACGCUGGUAGCGCUUCCCGAUCAAGACUCCUUCUACGACGUCACGGACUGCCUGGAACAGCAGGGGAUGGAGAAGCUCAUCCAGCAGCACAUGAACAACAAGGGGACGGACCCGGAUCUGAAGCAGCGCCUGGCCGUGUAUGAGAGCGCUUUAAGGCACGAGGAUGGCGACAGCGAGGAAUCUUCCGGCGGCCCUCGCAAGGAUCGCAGGAAAAAUUCCCUGGGGGUGGAAGAGGUCCGACGCUCGAGGCGUUCCCUGGGCAACAGUGCAGAAGUGUGGGCAAAAAUAAGCAACUCUGCACCACCACAGACAGCGCGGGUUGAGCAUAGCGUUCCUCUGCAGUCUGCCAUUAAAACCUGCACCUUGAAGAAGCCUGCAGUUUGCAUUGUGCCACCCUCUCCACCCAAGCAGCCGGAGGUAGAGACGCCUGUGAGUCCUCCUGUGUGCACUGAGGAACCAAGCCCAGACCCACCGCUCCCUGAAGUGACGACACCAACAGAGCAGUUGAGCGCGGAAAGUACCAACACGCACAGCAGCACUUCCAAUAUCUCCCUGUCCAAAUCUGCGCCAGAGGUAGACAAGGCGGCUUCGCUGAAUGACCGCAGUAUAUUUAAACUCCACCAAACAGAGCCUGUUUGGGAUGACCGGAAUAAUAAUGUGUAUGGGGACAAACCCAUCCUGAAGAAAUUUCAAAAUCGAUUUCUGGAAAACCUGGCGGCCACGGAGCUGGAGAAGAUGUCGGCUUUGUCCAAAGGGCGACAGGAGAUUCUGGCAGAGGCCGUGAGGAACGGGGGUGAGACUGACGAGGAAGCACCCCUGGAUCAGCAGGAGGACAGAGCCAGUGCUGAUGAUUUUGGCCCUCAGACGGAAGCAAGCCCAGUUAGCAGUCCAUCACCGCCCACCACAGAUCGUAGCAGCUCCAAGAAGUUCAUGCUGGACAUGAUGUACACCAAAAGACAGAGUAGCUCCGACGUGGACACAGAAAUUCUCAAUGCAAAGAAUGCGGCUUCUAACGACGCCGGGAAGCCACCCAGGGAACGGAGAGUUCCGGCGGUCAGGACAGAAAGGAUCGAGGCUGAGGGCUCUCCACCAAAAGUCCCCAUGGAGAACGGCGUAGAGUCCCGGAAAGGAAUGAGGGCUCAGUAUAGUAUUGAUGCUGAAACCAACUCCAAGAAUCUGGAGAAGACCCUCAUGACUCCCUUCAAAAAACCAGCUGAAACACUGUGGGAGCAGGCUGCACAGCAAUCGCACAUGGAGCUAAAGAUUAAAGACUUGGACUUUACUGACUUGUGCGAGGAGGAGGACUUUGAUGUACUUGAUUUCGAGGCCGCAGAACCUGUUGCGACAUCCCGCCCACCCAGUUUAAAUCAUGCUUCUCCUCCGUCCAUUUCUGGGCUGCCCUUUCCUCCCCCUCCACCACCACCACCGUUUGGUGGGUGUCCUGGGUUUCCUUCAACCCUUCCACCACCUCCCAUCUGCCCUCCGCUUCCGACUGGCAGGAGCCCCUAUCUCCCACCAGCACCCCCAGCUCCACCCGGCUUCAGCACGGUCUCACAUGACUCUUUUACCACAACGCUGAACAAGAAGAGGAAGACACUAAAACUGUUCUGGAAGGAGGUGAAAGAGACGGACAGCACCAGCCGGGGGAAAUUUGGCAAAGGCACUUUAUGGGAAUCCCUUGACAAGGUCCUUGUGGACACUGAAAAACUUGAACAUCUUUUUGAAUCCAAAGCCAAAGAACUAAUUACCUCCAAGAAAGGGGUUGAUGUGAAGAAGCAGGCGCUGGUUGUGCUGGACCCCAAGAGAAGUAACGCCAUCAACAUUGGCCUAACAGUACUCCCCACUGUGCACAUUAUUAAGACGGCCAUCCUGAACUUUGACGAGUAUGCAAUCAGCAAAGAGGGGAUAGAGAAAAUCCUCACCAUGGUCCCCACAGAUGAGGAAAAGCAGAAGAUCCAGGAGGCGCAGAUUGCAAACCCGGACGUCCCGUUAGGGUCAGCGGAACAGUUUCUUCUCACCCUCUCCUCCAUCAGCGGGCUGACCUCUCGCCUCCAGCUCUGGGCCUUUAAAUUGGACUAUGAGACCAUGGAGAAGGAAAUAGUUGAGCCGCUGUUUGACCUGAAGCAGGGGAUGGAGCAGCUGUCCAAGAACAAGACGUUCAAAGUCAUCCUGGCCUCCCUCUUGGCUGUCGGCAACUUUCUCAAUGGAUCAAACGUCAAGGGGUUUGAUCUCAGUUACCUGGAGAAGGUUUCGGAGGUGAAGGAUACCGUUCACAGGCAGACGCUCCUCCAUCAUAUGUGUAACAUCGUUAUAGAGAAGUUCCCCGACACCUCGGACCUGUACUCGGAGAUCGCUGCCAUCACUCGCUCCUCCAAAGUGGAUUUCGAUGACUUGGCGGACAGCCUGGUACAGCUGGAGAGACGGUGCCGGGAAUCUUGGGACAGCCUGAAAAUGAUCGCAAAGCACGAGACCAAGCCCGGCCUGAAGAACAAAAUGACGGACUUCCUGAAGAGCUGCACAGACAAAAUCGUCAUACUGAAAAUCGUCCACCGGAGAAUCCUCAACAGGUUCCGGUCCUUCCUGCUGUAUGUGGGGUACUCUUAUUCCGCUGCCCGGGACAUGAAGAUAACCCGCUUCUGCCGGAUAAUCAGCGAGUUCGCUCUGGAGUACAGAACGGCGCGUGAGCGGGUUUUACAGCAGAAGCAGAAGCGAGCGGCUUACAGAGAGCGCAACAAGACGCGGGGGAGGAUGAUUACAGAGACCGCAAAGUUCUCAAGUGCCGCUGGUACCACAGAAAACAACAUAACCAUGACCAGCACCAGGCUACAGUCGCAGUCAUCCGCUGACGGCCAUGAGAAUAUGACAAACGUAUUAAUCUCUAGCGGAGAGCCGAACACCCGCAGGAGCCGAGGAGUUAGAAGUUUAGGCCGCGCCAGCCCCCCAGACCUGUCUGGCAACAAGGAGGAGCCUGGUGUGUCGCCAGUAGAUGCGUCGGAUGAGAUCAUGGACAGGCUGGUGCAGUCGGUCACCCAGAACCCUAACCAGAGGGUGGUGGCACCAAAAGAACGCAAGAGAUCAAGAGCAAACAGGAAGUCCUUGAGAAGAACUUUGAAGAGCGGCUUGAGCGAUGACCUGGUGCAGGCGCUGGGAUUGUCCAAAUCUGCAGAGGUGACUGUGUGAUCCACUCCAGCAAACAGACUGCUUACGUAUUAGUCCGCUGCCCCCUGUGGUGGGAUCUGGGAUGACAGCCCUUCUGAGACUGAUAGGAUUACAAUGGAAUUUUGCAUGGUACCACUGGACAGUGCAGAAGGAUAAACCAGCAAUAGGUGUUGCAUGCCGAGACUGCAUCACUUUACUGUCAUCCUGUAACUCCGUUGUAUCAGUCCUGGGCUCCCAGCCAAGUCUCUCCCUGUGAAGAAACUGUACUAAAAAGAAGACACUAUCCGUCCAUCUUCAAGGAGACCUUCUCCCAUGGAUGUGAUGUAAUGUAGUUUGCUGUAGAGGGUAAUAGCGAAGAGAAUUAACUCUUUCAGGACCGCUGGACACCAACUCACUGAAGGGUGGGGGGGGGGGUCAUCUCUCUUCCGAUAGACCCGGGCUCAGUUUACAGUUGUGCCCUAAAGUCCCGGGCAGGUGUGGGUUCAGGGAAAACUGUCUGAGAACAGACCAUACAUCCACCUGCAUUUAUAUCCCACACCAGCCGUGUUUGUGCUCUGGACAUCCUGUAGCACAGGUUACGCCAUAAUAAGAAUAUAAUGGUCUCUGAAAAGGGGGAACACCUUGGCCAUAGUCCAGCGUCAUCCGUUACUCUUCCAGCAUCUAAACCGUGGGCACCAUGGAAAAUCGUACUUGGUUUUGUUCUCUCGUGUAGAAGGUCGGGGGUGACUGUUCACGUUAUUGCACUCUUCCCAAAUGUUCUGUCUCAGAAUCAGUGCACCCUGGGCUCCCAAGAAGAUCCGGCACCCUCUAAUGCUCUCAUCUUAUUUAUUAGGUGGAUAGUAGGCUCUCCGGGAAAAGUAAUGUCACAUACGGCAGAAUGACUGGGGUAUAAGAAUGUUAUGAUCAGGUUCUGGUCUCACCACCGUUUUUAUUUACAAUGCUAAUCUGUGGCUGUAGCUCCUGUUUCAGCACUUCAAGGGUUAACCCGAUGGUAUAACACGAGUGGUGACUGCUGCCACCUAGUGGUGUAUAACUUUAUUGCACUCCCAUAUUUAGGCAACAUUUAAUAGCCAUUAGCUCUCUCGAAGCAGGUAGAAACAGGCACAGAGAUUGCAGAGUUUCCCCACAAAAGUAUAUAGGUAAAAUUCUCAUGAAGAGCAGUGAUAGAGAGAUAGCUUUCCCACUGUACUUAACACAAUGCCCUAUAAUCCAGCUCUGCUGCGAGCAUGCAAUUAUAACAUCUGCGCCGGCUGAGUCUCUGUUCCCAAGCAGAACAUAAAAUAAUAGAUUUGGCCAGGGCGUCCGUGUUCUCAGCUGUCAGACCAAGCAUUGGAAAUCAAGGACUGUCCUAUAUUUAGAGUUUAAUGAGGAGUCUCACUGUCAUUAUUUGGGCGGAAGCACCCACAUGAUCGUCAAGCGAGGCCAGCCUCAUCUUCUCCUUCGGGUAACACUACUCAAUUUUCUCACUGGGACACGAUGAAUCAGCUCUGCUGAUAAAAAAAGCUACUUACCCAGCCUGGUAUAUUUAGCUGUGCAACUUUACCCUAAACCAGUGCCACCAGCCUUAGUGGGAGCUCCUGGUGUAUAAAUGUAAGUACAACCACUAAUGCGUGUGUAUUGCACACUCCUGUGAAGCCAUGGUCCUGUGUAUAGUGAAUGUAAGCAAGCUGCUCUUUACACAAAAGCACGCGUGUUCUGACAAUCUGUCACCGAGGACCCCCAAUACGCCCCACUGUGAUAAUGACAUGCCAUAAAAAGGAUAAAAGAAAUCAAAUAAAAAUAAAUCCAGGCUGGAGCUCAGCCAAGUGUGACCGGCUCCCACGGCCCAAUUCGAAAACUGAUUGGAUUAUAGAGGGGGAGGAGCUUUCACACUUCUUUAAAAUUUAAAGUGCCAUGCUCCCUAUAGCCACCUGUCUAAACCCCAGUGUCAGCAUGUUCCAGUGUCCCCCGUGGUUUCAGAGAAAAGGAUUUAUCGGUAAGUACCAAAAUCCCAUUUUAACAAUGCCUCACUCCGAGAGAACCGUACAGAUUGUCUGGUUGAUCUCUACAUGGCAUAUGUUCUAAAUACUGAAUAGUAGUAUAUGAUUUAGCAAUGUUACAGUCAAGGCUGGUAAAUUCGUGGUAGCCAGAUUAUCCCCAAUAUUUCAUAGCGGUCUCCUCGGUAUAGAGAGCGCUGCGGAAUACGCUGGCGCUAUUUAAACAUAUGGAGGAAAAGUGCCACUUGGUUGCUGCCUAGUGAGUAAUAAACCAGGUCCUCUGACGUGUGUCAUGAAUCUUUAUCAAUGCCAGGGAGAUAUUAUCCCAGCCCGUUCUGCGAUACAUACAUACUUUCCCAUGCUCGCAGCCAAUUAGGACAAAGUUCACGACACAUAAAAACUGGAGAAAGUAGAACAUAGGGCCUAAUUCAGACCUGAUCGUAGCAACAAAUUUGUUAGCAGAUGGGAAAAACCAUGAGGGUAAUUCAGACCUGAUCGCUCGCUAGUGUUUUUUGCACCACUGCGAUCAGGUCAGAACUGCGCAUGCGUAUGCACCGCAAUGCGCAGGCGCGUCGCACGGGUACAAAGCGGUUCGUUGCUCUGCGGUGGGUUUGUGCGAGGAGUCCAUUCGCACGGGCGAUCACAAGGAGAUUGACAGGAAGAAGACGUUUGAGGGUGCGUUUUCUGGGAGUGUUUGGAAAAACACAGGCGUGUCCAAGCGUUUGCAGGGCGGGUGUCUGACGUCAAUUCCAGUCCCGGACAGGCUGAAGUGAUCGCAGCGGCUUAGUCCUGGGCUACUCUGAAACUGCACAAAAUAUUUUUGUACCGCUCGGCUGCACAUGCGAUUGCACACUUGCACAGUAUUUACCCUGCACAGAAACAAAAUAACCCACCCAAAUCUAACUCUCUCUGCUCCCCCCCCCAGCAGUGCACAUGGUUUUGCCCAUCUGCUAACAAAUUUGCUGCUGCGAUGAGGUCUGAAUUAGGCCCAUAGUACACAAGUGGCUCAUAAAUAAUCUUGGCUUGGUUAUAGCUUCAAUGUUCCCCGUUUUCUGUACGAGCCGUGGGAAGAAAGAUCCGUCCUUACUACAAGUGGGGUUAUCCGUGACAUCCCCCUGGCCGUUUACACACUAAUUCCAUAGGCAACAGAUGGAUAAAUUAUCUAUUAAACGUUACUCAUCCAUCUCGGCUGUCCACAUAGCAGCAAGAAGAAAGUUUAGUGCCUUCAUCACCAGUAUAUAGCGGCUACCCCCCUUCCCCUACCCCCUCUGUGGUCUUUUUAGUCUAGUUUUUGUAAUGAAGAACGCUGCUUCGCUGCUGACCGACUUUGUAAAAGCUGGUCACGUCCAGUGUAUAUAUCUCUCUUCACACGUGGACAUUCAGAACAUGUUUAGGGCUAUGUAGAGACUUUGUGCCAUUUGGACAGAGUGAAUCGCAAGUUCAGAACAGUAUUAUGAAAGAAUUGUACCACUUUUCUGUAAAUUCACUAAAGAUGCGUAGGGAAUGUAUGUUCUUGUAAAGAAUUACGUUUGUUUUGUUUCUUCAAUAAAAUUAUUUAAAUAUA